UGUUAGAAUAUGCUGCAUGCGCGUGCAGGAAGUGUUAUGAAAUUAUUUUCCGUUAGAAACAUUUCUGAUGCAAUAAUUACAUUUCACGCGUUAUUAUUUUUCAGAGCUUUGCAAGUUAACAAUCAAACGUCGUCUUUAAUAACAUAUUUGAAGUUCUGACAAGUGCAGGAAAGAAAGUUUGUUAAGUGAAAGAAAAGUGAUUUGAAUAUAAGAUUUCCCUAUAUUUGCAGGUCUUUAUUGGAUAACAAGACCUAUCUUGUUUCAGAAAAAAUCGUAAAACAAAAUCAGGCAAUUAUGGACGUCUUGGCAUCACAUUCAGUAUUGCUAAAUAAAAUCUAUAAAAAUGAAACGAUGCCCACCGAAGUGUCAACUGUUUUCCCGAUAAAAACGGUGGAAGAAUUAGAGAAACUGAAUAACGGUAUAUCUGAGGAGGAUAUUCCUUUUUAUGUUGCAACUGUUAAAAUGAAGAUAAAAGCUGGCGGUUUAAUUAAAAAUUUCAGCAAACUGAUUUCCGAAGACAUUUGUCUGAAGUACAAUUAUAAUGGAACACACGGCAAAUUGCCAUUUUGCCAGUAUUUAAAAAUUAACGGCAUUUUUGAAGGGGCAGUUGGUGAUGAAAAUUAUACUUCACUGAUCAAACAACCAUUUAAAAGGCUUGCAUUUUCGUGGAGUUAA